UGCUGUAUAGGAAUUUUAUACUGUUUGAAUCACAUUGUAAUAAGGCAAUAUAAGGGUUUUAAUUUUCAGAGUUAAAUUUCAUGUUACUUCCCUCAAGUUUUAUUUUAAAGGUUAAUUAGUUCAUGUCCAAUAUGAGCAAUUAUAAAUACACAUGGCUGAAUCACAGAUAUACUAUACAUGUAUUUCUGUUUUUGCAAAUAUUGAAAUUGUCCAGCGCAGUUUGUCAUGUUAUUUUUAUUCUUGCUUUUAAUCAGGCUCUUUAACCAGGAACACCUGGGUACAGCUGUGUGAUGGAUGUAAUUACCUGACUGAACAGGUGAAAGUGAUUUUCCUGAUUAGUCCGCCUACUGUUACCCUUUAGUAAACAUGACAACAUGCAACUUGCAAACCGCAGGACUUUGAUCCCGAUGCUGAAUCGCAUUACUUCCUACAGUUUCACAGACCUGCGCCAUUCACUAAAGUAUACAUUACGUGGUUAUAGCGACACAAGAAAGAUCAAUUUGAUCCAGAUGCCUUCUGUUAGUACCAUUUGUCUACAUUCCCUGUAAAGGGGUCCUUGGGAGAUCUGGCAUGUCAUUCCACUGUGGUUCUUUGAUGCCCAUGGAGAACCUUGGAGGUCCUUGGACUUCUUUGGAAAGUCAUGAAGGUUCUUGAUAUCCUUGAAGCUUUGAGGGUCGAGUAAGAGCUGUAUUUAAGUACAGUUUGAGGUACUUGUACUUUACUUGAGUAUUUCUAUCUUAUUCUACUUUGCCACACUAUUACUGGCUACUGUUGUACGUUUAAUAUGCAGACUAUAUGAUCAGAUUGUAAAAUAUGAUGCACUGUAAUAGAUCAAAGUAUCCAGCAGUAUAUAGUGUAAAUUAGCAUUAACCAGGUACAUUAUAAAUUGCUGCAUAAUCUGAUGCAUCUGUUAUAAUAAAAAUCCUGUAAUAUAUCAGGGAUUAUUCUACAUAAAGAGUAGUUUUAUUUGUAGAGGAGUAAUUGUACCUUUAGGUUUUGCUACUUUUUCUUAUGUAAAAGAUCUGAAUACUUGCACCACCACUGACAGGCCCUUUCUCUGAGGUUUUUCAUGUGCCUAACUGGUCCUGGAAAGUCAUUGAGAGCUGAUGGCGGUGUUCGGAUUUCCUUGAAGAUCCUCUCUUGUAGGUCCGUGAAGAAGAUCCUCGGGGGGUAUAUGGGCGCCUUUCAGAUCCUUGAAGACCCCCCUGAAGAUGAUGCAGGUAGAGAUGGAGGUGUGUGAGAUCCCUUCCUGGCCUCGUGGCCGCUGGCCCUUUAAGAGAAGCGGGAGGGGGCGCGGAGCAUCUUGGCUGCGGUGUUUUUGUCUCUCUGUCAGUGAGCGCUCCUGGGCCGAGGCGGCUGAAAGGAUUUUCUAGAGGGCAGGUGCUGACUGUAGGAGUGCAAGAAAAGGAAGGGAGAGCAAGGAGCCUGGGGUGGAGAGAUCCCAUCCUUGCAGCGCAAGCAGCUGGUGAGAGUUGGUGGAUGACUGUUUGAAUACCAGCCACAAGCUCAUAAUGGCUCAGGUGCUGCAUAUGGACCCCGGAUUCCCAGGGAAACUCAACCCGCCUGCUCCUCCUUCCCUGCACGGCAAAGAACAGGAGGCGCCCUACUCAGUGGAGACCCCCUAUGGCUACCGUCUGGACCUAGACUUCCUCAAAUAUGUUAACGACAUAGAGAAGGGAAACACUAUUAAGAAGGUGCCUAUCCAACGUCGGCCUCGCUACGGCUCCCUGCCCCGUGGCUAUGGCUACGCCGGCUCCUGGUGGACGUCCACAGAGUCUCUGUGCUCCAAUACCAGCAUGGACAGCAGGCACUCCUCCUUCUCCUACUGUGCUCCUGGCUACCACACAUCGCAGAGACCCAGUUUCAGCACUGCCCGGGUGGAAAAGACCCUGUUGGAUGCACGCAGGAAGCUGGAAGAGGAGAAAGAGGGGCGUAGAUUCUCCAACCUGGGCAGCAUGCACAGCAGUGUUGCAGGCUCUAACACCUCCAUCAGCAGUGCAAACAGCUUCAACCGGGCUCAUGGUGGAGGUGGAUCCUUUACCCCCAUGAGUUCUGGCCUGUCCACCCCAGUGACUCCAACCCCAGCCCACCUGCAGCAUGUCAGGGAGCAAAUGGCGGCAGCCCUCAGGAAGAUAAGGGAGCUCGAAGAGCAGGUGAAGACCAUCCCUGUGCUCCAGGUGAAAAUCUCUGUGCUGCAGGAGGAGAAAAGGCAGCUGAGCGUCCAGCUGAAGAGCCAAAAGUUCCUCGGCCACACUCUGGGUUUCAACCGAGGUCGUCCUCGAGGGGAGCUCUACAUCGACAUCCCUGAAGAAGAACUGAGCACUGUAGCUAAGAGCAGCAACAAGUCAGCAGGGCCACUGUCUCCCACCACACCUGAGGGCUCCAAACAAGACUCAGGGUGUGAGAUUGAGGACACAGUGAUUGUGAGUGGUGCCCGACCGGAUAUAAAGCGGGAAGUGCGCACCAUUGGAGUGGGACCAGAGGACUCAAAGGGCAGUCGUCAGGUAGGAGUUUGGGUUCGGGAAGAGGAUCUGGGGCUGCUGCCAGAGACAGAGGCUCUUAGGAAUCAAGUGGGUCAGCUUAAGGGCAAGCUAGAGAGGACAAUGCAGGAGCUGCAGGUUGCACAGCAGCAGGUAGCAGCAGUCCAGAAAACUCCUCAGGCAGAGCACCCGGUCAUGGCUACCAGCAUGGGUUGGCAGGAGCCACAAGGCUGCAGCCUGCACACUCUGGUCAGCUUCACACAGCAGCCCCAUCAGAGAGAACAGAGAACUGUGGGAAUCCAGGUGUACACAUUGGAGCAGCCGACUGUGGUGGAGGUGGGUACGCUGCUCCGAGCAGAGACCUGCAGCUCCCCCUCUCUUCAACCAGCUGGUGGAGUUCUGGAGGGCCACCACAGAGGACAAGCUGAAGAUCCACCGGUUGAGUUGCCUAUUGCAGUCAGCUCCAAGCAGGUGCGCGACGUCCUAAAGAGCGAGUUGUCCACCUCUGUACCAGUAGCAAAUCCUGCCAUUGCUGUAGGCACAUCUGACAGUCAGAUUGGUUUGAUGCAUUCUAAAGAAGGAGAGAUACACCUGCAUGCAAACACAGAGACCAUCCAGUCACUAGAAAGCCCUAAGACAGUCUCAUCUCCUCAGUCUCUGAGGUCCAUUAUGAAGCGCAAAGCAGAAGGAGAACCAGGCUCUCCCUCCACUAAGAAAAACCUACAGUUCAUUGGAGUCAAUGGAGGUUACGAAUCCACAUCAUCAGACGACAGCAGCAGUGAGAGUUCAGAUGAGGGGAGUGACUCCAGUGAAUAUCAUGAAGCCAGAGAAAAACUUCCAGAAUCGACAGUCCAGCACCAGCAAACAACCCACACCAAGGUUUCUCAGCCCCAAGAAAGCAACAGCGUACCUCAGCAGACAGCCGCCAAACUACCAGCCGUCAUUCCAGAAACACAGCAGAGUCCCAGCCAAUCUGCAACUGCAGACACAAGACUACCAGACAAAGCCCCACAGUCACCAGCAACGGAUACUGUUGUGCAAAAAUGUGCCUCACAGCCACCAGCCUCAGACCCCACCCCAACUCCUCUAUGUCCAGCAAAUGAUUCUGCCUAUAAAGAGACUGUCAGCCAGUCAUCAGAAACGCACACAUUCACACAGGAGAUCACUUCUUCACCAUCAAGCUCUAAAUCCACUCCUGAGCAAAGCUCAAUAAAUUCCGAAGCUACCUGUUCUUCAUCGCUGUGUAUCACCAAAACCACUGAGGUUACCAAGCAGCAAUACACUGUCCAGUCAGAAACAACCAUCCACUCCAGCCAGUCAGAUUCAGAGCCAGCAGCCGAAAGCAACACAAACGACACUGCCACAGCAUCAGCCAAACAAGUCAGACUGGAGCUGAGUGACACCCUGAUGUCAGCUCUUUACUCCCUGCAGAAAGCCCUGGGGGAACCCAACGCAUUCAGCCAACAAGGAGCAAGGGCAGCCUACACCACCGUGCUACAGGAGUGGCUGCGCGUGUCCUGUCACAAAGCUGCGGACACGGCUGUUGUCAAGGCCUAUAUGGACACCUUUGCCUCGGUGUCCCCUCAGCUGCUGGAGUUUGUGAUCAACAUGGCGGACGGCAAUGGGAACACAGCGCUCCACUACACUGUCUCCCACUCCAACUUCCCUGUGGUCAAACUGUUGCUGGACACUGGCCUGUGCAAUGCUGACAAGCAGAACAAGGCGGGCUACACAGCCAUCAUGCUGACGGCUCUGGCUGCCUUCCACUCUGACAGUGACCUUCAAACUGUCCUGCAGCUGCUGCGCACUGGGGACGUCAAUGCCAAAGCCAGCCAGGCUGGUCAGACGGCACUGAUGCUAGCAGUCAGCCACGGUCGGGGGGACAUGGUGCGGGCGCUGCUGUCCUGUGGGGCACAGGUCAACAUCCGGGAUGAUGAUGGCUCCACAGCACUCAUGUGUGCCUGCGAACACGGUCAUGUGGACAUUGUGCGUCAGCUACUGUCUGUACCAGGCUGUGAUGCCACUCUCACUGAUAAUGAUGGCAGCACUGCACUGUCCAUUGCCCUGGAGGCCAGCCAGAAUGACAUUGCUGUGCUUCUGUAUGCUCACCUCAACUUUGCAAAGCCUCCUUCCCCUGUUUCACCUAAGUCUCCUCUCUUGGGUUCUUCUCCUCCUUCUGGUGAAACAAAAUAAACCACGCUCCUUCUGUAACUCUACAACCAAUCCAUCACAACUACUCAUAUUACAGUGAUUGUUCUUUUUUCAUUGUGUAACUAAGAAAAACAUUGAGUUUGUGUGUGUGUGUUUGUUUUCACCCUCCAUAAUUUAAGUACAUUAUAAUGUUUGGAUAAUUACAUGACAGCUUGCACCAUUGUUAUCAGCUGCUUUAUGUACACAAGUCUUUUUUUUUAAUCACAGUGGUGGUUGAAAACAUGGAUUUCUCGUGUGGUACAAUCUGAAAAACUGAACAUGUAGAAAGGCUGUAUAAAUGUUAGUUCAGUCUUGCAAUAAUCCACUUGUCAACACUGUUUUUAGUGGCACUUACCAGUCAAAACUGUUCAUCAUGAUUACAUUAUACAGUUCACUAUUAUACACUUGUUUUAAUUUCAUACAGAUGUCAUAUUAGUUGCUUUAUGGAGCAAAAUCUUGUCACUGUCAUAUGUACAAUAGCUGUUACAGAGUAGCAUCAUUAUGUGUGUGACCAUCAGUAAUUUGGAAUAACAAAAGCCACCCCCUCUCAUGGAUAAGUGUCCUUGCAUCGACCAGCUCAUUGGUGCUACAAAAAUAUGAUACAGAAAACGCCACUUCAACAGUAAAUCGAUAUUUAUACACAAGAUUUAUUUACUCUAGAGUAUUUUUGAUAUUGAUUUUUUUUAAAAUUCCGACUCAACUCAUGACCUCCAAGGAUCAUGAUUUUUAUUUCCCAGGCAACGGUUUACUUCUUACGCCUUUUUAACCAGAGAACAAAAUUUAUUUUAUGUGAUGACUGCAACUCCCAAAUUAAACCCAAAGAUGUAUCUCCCCUAUCAGCUCUGUGACACUGUAUAUUGUGGUGAUAAUAUUAACACAGGUCUAGCAUCAGUGUGGCAGAAGAAAGAGGUCAGCGUUAUUCUCCAAAGGCUACGGUACUAUGGUCUUUGUAUUUUUAUACGUGAAGGAGUUUUGGAUGGCUGUAAGGAAAGAUUAGAGUGUAUCUGUGUGUUUGUAAUAUUCUGUGCUUAAAGGAUUUAACAAGACUUUGUAGAGAAAUCGACUGAAAGCACCAGUGAAGCCACCUCUGCUGUGGUCCUGCUGGUAAGAUUGGUCAGGGAACCAGAAAGUGACUGAUUGCGGUCUUCAGAAGGAAGUGCCAUGUAAGAUAUGAAUUUCAAAAUAAUAUAUGUCAAUAUAAACUCAUAGUUAUUAUGCCUAAAAUCAAAUUCCUUGAACAAAAGUGCAUAGGCUAUUGAUGUCAAAAUUUCUAUUACUUUUUAAAGUUUUUUCACAAUUUUCAUAUUCUCUUUUAAGCAACUGAAUUUUUAUAAACUUUCAAUUUUUUAAUUUAAGUAUCUUUUUAUACAUUUAGAAUUUUUAAGCUCACACCUACUUAAUGUAAUCGCACAGCUCUUUAGUUUUAUGUUUUAUGAAGGUUUAUCUAAAAUUCAAGAUUGUGUUUCUCUUCUUCUAAUUUGUGCAUUUUGGAAAAAAACAGUGAAUUAAUUAAUAAAUGUGGACCACACUG